AUGCCACUCAUUCACAUGACUGCUGCUCGUAUGUUGGACUGGUCACCAAGACUGCUUCUACUCCUAGCUCUCUGUUACAAAACUGCUCGAAGUCAGACGUUCAACUUCUCUCUCAUGCCUACAUCUUGUGACUGGGGAUUGGUUGAAAACGACGACGACAUAAGCAUUAUUGGAGACAUUGACAUGCAGGGCGGCGCAGAUAACCAAACACUGUACAGUCUUGAAGUCGAUUCUACAUCUGAUAACCAAACAUUUAAGUUCGUGUGUAAAGCCAUCUUUAAGAGCUCUGAUUGCAAGAACAAUACCGCGGAGGGGUGUUAUUGCAAUCAAGCUAACGAUGGGGGACAAGAAUUGCAACUGUACAUCAAGCAAAGAGCAACAGAAAAGACAAACUGUACUUACUAUCGGCUGCGAUUCAAAUGGACCAAUAGUGGACAUGAACAUUUGAUUUUUGUGCGCAUUCCACCCAUUUAUGGCGAGGCAAGUUGCUCCUUGAUAGUGAACAACACAUCCCACUCGCUGUCUGGUCAUUACGCAUGCCCGAUCAAUGGCAGGACUCUCUCCGGUAAC